AUGGGGGUGAGGAGGUUAGUGUGGGUGAUGGGGGAGGGUGAGGAGGUUAGUGUGGGUGAUGGGGGUGAGGAGGUUAGUGCGGGUGAUGGGGGUGAGGAGGUUAGUGCGGGUGAUGGGGGUGAGGAGGUUAGUGCGGGUGAUGGGGGUGAGGAGGUUAGUGCGGGUGAUGGGGGUGAGGGGUUAGUGCGGGUGAUGGGGGUGAGGAGGUUAGUGCGGGUGAUGGGGGUGAGGAGGUUAGUGCGGGUGAUGGGGGUGAGGAGGUUAGUGCGGGUGAUGGGGGUGAGGGUUAGUGCGGGUGAUGGGGGUGAGGAGGUUAGUGUGGGUGAUGGGGGUGAGGAGGUGAGUGCGGGUGAUGGGGGUGAGGAGAUUAGUGCGGGUGAUGGGGGUGAGGAGGUUAGUGUGGGUGAUGGGGGUGAGGAGGUUAGUGCGGGUGAUGGGGGUGAGGAGGUUAAUGCGGGUGAUGGGGGUGAGGAGGUUAGUGUGGGUGAUGGGGGUGAGGAGGUUAGUGUGGGUGAUGGGGGUGAGGAGGUUAGUGCGGGUGAUGGGGGUGAGGAGGUUAGUGUGGGUGAUGGGGGUGAGGAGGUUAGUGUGGGUGAUGGGGGUGAGGAGGUUAGUGUGGGUGAUGGGGGUGAGGAGGUUAGUGUGGGUGAUGGGGGUGAGGAGGUUAGUGGGUGA